CAGCUCCAGAGCUCUAUAGGCGAGAGCGGUCCAUGAGGCGUCUAUUCUUAUGUCUAUGCUACAGAUACUCCACGAUUAGAAUCGGAAGAAAUAAUGUGCUGAAUUGGUUUAACGAGUGAUAGAGUUGAUUAAUGUACGUUCUUUUUUUUCUUUUUAAAUAUAUACAUAUAGCUACUUUCAGUUUGAGACAUUUCUCCUUUCACCCCAUGUGAAGACAAAAUGGCCGCGUACGUGUUGAACAUAUCCAGGAUAUUUUCUCGUGAAGUGAUUUCAGCUUCAUUCCAGUUUCAUCGAUAUCGGUCCUGCCUGCAGAGGCUGCCUGCGGUGAAGCCGAACCUCCUCACACACCAGUUCACGAGUUCAGCAGCAUGUUGGCAGGAGGCUGAGGUCCAUGCGGCACAGACUGCGGAUCGGUACAAACAAAGACCCUGGGUUUACCUGGACAGCGAAGAGUAUGUUGAGCGGUACGGCAGCAGUGCGGUGUGGGCAGGCUACAGGAGGAACCAUAAGGGAGGCAUCCCGCCCCAGAAGACACGCAAGACUUGCAUUAGAGGAGACAAGAUAUGUGGGAACCCCUGUCCAAUUUGUAGAGAUCCUAACAUUAUCAUCAACCAUCAGAAUGUGAAAUUACUCCAGCAGUUUAUCAGCCCACACACUGGAAUGGUCUAUGAUCCCACUCUGACUGGUGUGUGUAUGAAACAACAGAAAAAGCUGAAUGAAGCUAUCAACAAAGCAAGAGAUGACGGUUUACUUCCUUUUCAGAUUCCACAUGUGGAUUUUUCAGGAGAAGAUUACUCCAACACUCAUGAUGCUGUUGGGCUCACAUCACCUCCACCAUUCCUCAGCCCUAGUGAACCCUGGUAUAAAUGGUACGGAGAAAUAACGCCUGAUGACAAGAAAGUAGAUCAAGUCAAGAAGAUAUACAAGACUUAUUUAAAACACUAGAGUUGUGAAAAAUGUUUAAAAUCUACCACAGAUUUUAAAUAUCUAUGGUAAAAUAUCUUGCAUGCCCGAACAUUCUACUGGAGUCCACAACUUUUAAAUAAAUAAAACGACAAAAAUGCAA